ACCUCGCGAGCAAAUGUGUCUCCGUCUCGGGAGACGGGGGAGAUUUGCAUCGAGGUAAGUACGGUAUACCUGGAUAUCGGACCAGGUCUUGGUUCUUACUGGCCCAUUCGCCCCCACGAAGCCGUUCUAUCACUUGACGGCGGUACUUGUUCCACACUGCGGAAGAAUCGGCGCGUCUAGUUGAUCGAGUCCUGGCCACCGAUCCGUAGUGCCUAAAGUCGACGGUGUCCCAAGUUCCUCAGAUCCUUUGAAGAAGCCGUCAGCCUGUUCCGUCUAGCCGAAUAUGAGGAUGCUUCCGGCCAUCGCCUUCUUCGGCGUCCUGGUGUCGCUGAGCUCGGCGGCUGAUCAACUGGAAGUGAUAGCGCAGUGGCCUCUUAUGGACUUCGCGCUGCCGUACGACCGAGGUUUCCUGGAUAACUUCCGUCCCGAGAACGUGGUGCCAACGGGGAUCGAGAUCGCCUGGCACCGCAUAUUCAUCGCCACCCCGAGACUACGAGCAGGAAUUCCGGCGACCCUGAGUUUCAUCCCACGGGACAUCCCACCAGGCAGCAGUCCUCAGCUCCAGGCUUAUCCUUCCUGGGACUGGCACACCGCUGGACGCGGCGAUGUCAACUGCUCCGGGUUGACCUCGGUCUACAGGAUUCGAGCUGACAAGUGCAACAGGCUUUGGGUCGUCGACAGUGGGGUGAUGACCUCCAUCGAUGACUUCACCUCCGUCUGUCCCCCGAAAAUUGUGGUCUUUGAUCUGCAGACCGAUCAGGUUAUUCGGACCUUCCAGUUUCCUCGUGAGGUACUGAGGCUAAAUUCACUCCUUACUAAUCUUGUGAUAGACGACAACGCGGCAACGACUUGCGAUGACGUCUUUGUCUACAUGCCCGAUACCACAGCCCCGGGAAUUGUCGUUUACGACGCAGCUACGGACAGGAGUUGGAGAGUGUCGCACGCCUCCAUGUAUCCGGAUCCCGAUCACACCAUGUAUCAGAUCGGCGGGGAUACAUUCGAGCUCUUGGACGGAAUCGUCGGUAUGGCUUUCUCGCCGCGACAGGGAACCGUGUACUUCCAGCCAUUGGCAACGGAUCGUCUCUUCAGCGUGCCGACUUCCGCUCUGCAGGCUGGAGCUCCAGCAUUCGGUGAACAACUACCGGUUACAUUGGUUGGUAGGAAAUCGAGUCAGGGUAUGGGAUUGGGUCUUGACCCUAGAGACGACACGAUUCUCUUCUCACCGCUGACCGAAACCGCAAUCGCCGCUUGGCAACCGCACUCGAAUAAACAACGAAUACUGGCGUACAGUCCUGAGCUGCUUCAGUUCGUUGCGGAAGUGAGAUGGGUGGACCGUGACGGAGGUAACAUUUGGGCGCUUUCAUCGCGUUUCCAAAAGUUCUUCAAGAAGGAAGUUGACCCGCGAGAUAUCAACGUACGCAUAAUGAGAAUCCGCAGCGAAGAGGAAUCGCCGCUCGUUGCCUUUCCGGCCGGUGGAUACAGGCAGAUAAAUCCCGUCUUUGGACACCACGUUUACAACAAUACACUCGGCUUCUAAGUAUAGGUAUGGGACGCGAUAAGCAGAUAUCAUAUCAUUGAAGAACCGUUUUAACUCAAAUAACCAUGUUCGGGUAAAAAUCGUAUAACGUUGUUUAGCGACGUAAGCAAGUUUUUUUUCAUCAUGCUCGAGAAAUCUCACGUAACGAGAUUUAGUUACUGUAGAAAUAAUACUCGCACGGCGAUAAAUAAUUAUGCUUAGCCCGCAACAGGAAUUGUAUCGAUAUACCUUUGAAGAAACAAAUAGUUUAAAAAAGAAGAAAACUUAUGUUCAUUUUCAUUUCAAACUGUGCUUAUUCGGAAGAAAAUUAUUUAACCCUACGUGUGAAGCGUUGCAUGUUGUUUCGAUCUGUUUGAAAAUAUCUCGGAAUUAUCGACUGUCUCAAUGCAUAGCACAGCUUUGCAAUGUCUUGUAUAUAGUUCGCCACGAGAAAGAAACAGAGGGAAAAAAGAAACAAUAAAUUUCACGUGAUGCAAGAGCUACGUAAAUGAAUUUUUUGCAUCGCGGGCAAAUUCCACGAACCGUAAAUACGCACAUAUUAUACCACUUCGUAGCUCAGAAACACGACCAAAACGAAACGCUGUGUCGUAUUUUAUACUCACAGUGUAUUUUAUACAAUCAAAUAAAUUUGUUUACUCAGUGAUGUAAACUCAUCGCACGUUA